AUGCAUCUUUCACAUAUUUUCGGUUGGAAUUCUGCUUCAGAAGCAAAGUCCGAAUAUGUUGGUGCAGGAUUUGAUUCCGAGGUUCAGCAUGGUCGCCGCCGGACACCGCGGUUUGCUCGCACCCGGACUUAUUUGUUGAAGGUCGUUUUGCCAAUCGGCAUUUUCAUCUUCGUCACAGCAACAAUAUUAAGUAGCUUGUUCCCAUCAGAAGCAGUCUGGCUGCUGAACGGCGGCAAAUCAGAACGAGCCAUAUCUCGGUCUCAGCUCGAAGACCUCGAGCCUCCCAGUCAUGUGGAUGCAGGUGGUUCAAGGCGAUUGAGGCUGUUCAUGCCGGCCGAUGGACCCAACAUCAACCUCUGCAAGACCAUCAUGUCAGCUGUUGCCCUCGGCUACCCGAUGCCUACUCUUCUCAACUGGAAUGGAGAGUUCAACAGACCUGACUGGCACUUUGCUGGCUCGCACAUUGCCAAGUUGGAGUCUUUACUAGCAGUCAUCGAUAAUAUUUAUGAGGAAGAUGAGGAUGUUAAUGAAAACGAUCUGGCUCUUCUGGUCGACGCCUAUGACAUAUGGUUUCAGCUCCCGCCGUCUGUCCUGAUCGAGCGUUUCCACAAGCUCAACCGCGACGCAGACGCCCGUGUCGCGAAAGAAUGGGACGAGCACGGCUUCAAAGACGAGUUCCCGAUUCCGCCUCCGAAACAGAACAUCAUCGUCACCACCGCAAAAGACUGCCAACCGGACUGGGAGUCUGGGUCGAACCCACGCUAUGAGUAUUGGCCGGACUCGCCUCUACCAUCCGACUUUUACGGCGAGGGCACAGAUGAAAUUAUUCCGUAUGUCUUCGACUCAGCUCGAAAGUACAAAAAGAUUCGACCCAGAUGCGUCAACAGCGGCAUGAUCAUGGGUACUAUUGGGGCUUUGAGAGGUGCUCUGCAGAAGGCCAAAGACAAGGUAGACAGGACUGCCAUGAACGGCAGACAGCUCUGGAGCGACCAAGCCUUGUUCGCUGAGGUCAUAGGAGACCAGGAGAUGUGGCGAUACUGGAUGAGAGGAUUAGUGUCGACAUGGAACGGAACCGCAUCGCACGACAACCCGAGGAGGUUGCCGGCCGAAGUACGACAACUCGCAGACGAGGCACUGGACGGAGAGAGCUUCGAGUUCGGAAUCGGUUUGGACUACGAAUUCGCCACAAUACCGCCUACCUGCUCAUCCGAAGACGACGGCUUCUUCGUGAAGCUGAAUGACGCCGAGGCCGUGAAGAAGGAAUCGGAAAAGGCGGGCGUGCCGGACGGUGUAAGAGUCAAGGGCAUCCCGUCUGAGUUGAAGGACGCAGACGGACCUCUUCCCGGGCUCGGCUCAAGCUGGGGUAAUGUGCCUUUAUACACCGACUUCUUCUUCGGCACCUCGCCCGUUGGCAUCCAUCACAACGCCUACGUCUUUGGCCUCAAGCCGUGGCGACUCGAACACUGGUGGAGCAUGACUUGGUUCUACCCGUACUUGCGGGGAUUGGUCACGAACGCUCUGCGAUCCAACAGAAAGCUCACUCCCCUGGCAAGGUUGUCCAUAGACGGCGAUGAAGGAAGUGAGAUGGUAUACUGGGCUUCGAAGGAGAGCGAGAGCGAAAAGAGGGUGAUGGUGUUUGAUGGAUCGAACGAGAAGGAGAGGUUUGCGCCUAUUAGUUGGGAUGGGGUUUGUCAAAAGGGGAGUACGAAGUGGUAUGAUGUGCUUUUUGGAGAUAAUGAAGGGCCAUUGGAGGCCUGA